CAGACAGAAAAUGGCUGACCUGCGGUGUGAGGAUAAUUUAUUUUGGCUCCAACUACAGUUUUAAGGUGUCCUGCGAUUGACCAUAGACUGAUGCAUUUAACGGAGAAACAUAAUGUUUAAAAAGGCGAAACGAGCUAACUUUCGACGGAGGAAUGAGUCCGACGAGGACGAGCAGGAGGAGAGUCAGCUGCCCCCGCUGGCGCCGACAUCGUUCGGGCCUGUCGUGGAGGAAAUCCCGUUUAUGGAGACCUCCAAUAACAGCCUUGCCGGUGCACCUAGCAGCACGGAGAACUAUCACAGCAACGGCUUUCAGGGUAACCCUAACAGUGUAAGAGCUGUCAAGAGAGAAAAGAAAAUCAAAGAGACAGCUGCGGUACCUGGACCCACGAAAGCCAGUUUGCUGAGUUUCAACGAUGACGAAGAGGGAUCCGAGGUGUUCAGAGUGAAGAAAUCAAACCACAGCAAGAAGAUUGUGAAACAGCUGAAGAAGGAAUACAAGGAGGAUUUGGAGAAAUCUGGAUGUGUCAAGCAGGAAAUCAAAUCAGAUGCACCACUUCAGCUUCCUGUUGCAAUCAAAGAGGAAGUCACUAGCAGAGCAGGUAGUGAGCAGGGGGAGGAAGAAAUGGAGGUGGACAGUGCGGAUGAGCAGGAGGAAGAGGCAAGGGGCCAAGGUGGCCAGGCACAAGGUCAAGUGUCCAAAAGCAACAACGCUGGAGCAAAUUUCAACACCCUCUCCUCCCUCGGCAGCCUAAAACCAGGGGAAAUCCCAGAUGCGGCAUUCAUCCAUGCUGCCAGAAAGCGGCGGCAAAUGGCUAGAGAACUGGGGGGUGAAGCUCCACUGGUGGAGACAGAAGCUCCCAAGAAACGUCUCGUACGGGAAGACCAAGAUGCCAGCGAUGAUGAAGACGAGGAAGAGAAGAGGAUCCGCUUCAGUGGAGUCAGGAACAAAAGCCAGAGACAAAAGAUAGCUGAGGAGAUAGGUAUCGAGGGUAGUGAUGAUGAGGCCCUGGAUACAGGUCAGGAUGAGGAGGUGAGCCGUUGGGAGCAGGAGCAGAUUAGGAAAGGAAUCAGCAUACCCCAGGUCCAGAGCAACCAGCCAGAGGACAACACCGUCUACUACCAGAACAGCUACGAGACCCAGCCCUAUGGCUCUUCCUACAGCAUGCCUUUCACCUACAGUACUGUGGCCCCGCCGACUGGCAAGCCAACUGGCCGAGCAGACAAUGGCUCUGUUCACUACGGGGCCCCUAUUAGUGAUCUAACCCCGGUAUCCAUUGAUCUGGUAAAGAAACGCCUGCAGGAUAGACUCAGCCAAAUGCAUGCAGGCCACAACGCAAACGCCAAGCGCUACAAACAGAUUGAAGACGACCUAGCUGCCUCUGAGAGCACCAUACAGCAGCUGGAGGGCUCAUCCAAUGACAAUGCAGAUCAAUAUAAAUUCUUGCAAGAGAUGCGAGGGUAUGUUGGAGACUUGCUUGAGUGUUUCAGUGAAAAGGUGCCUGCUGUCCUGGAGCUGGAGGCUGCCAUGCACCAGUUACUAAGGCAACGGGCCUCACGACUUGUCCAGAGAAGACAGGAUGAUAUUAAAGAUGAAUCGUCGGAGUUUGCAAGCCUUUCAAAUAAAGCUGUCAUGGCUCCUAAUUUAGACUCAUUUGGUCGAGACCGUGCAGCAUACCAAGAGCACAGUCGUCAGAGGAGGAUAGCAGAAAGAGAAGCACGACGAACUCGGCGGCGACAAGCUCGAGAGCAGAAUGGAAAGAGGGCUGAGCAUAAAGAAGGCUUAUCAUCUGACGAUGAGGAAACGUCUACUGACAUCACCAGCUUCAACAUGGAGAGAGAUCGUAUCGUCAGGGAAUGUAAGAAAGUAUUUGAAGACGUGGUGGAAGACUUUCAUUCUCUUGACUGCAUCAAAUCCCAUUUUGAAGUGUGGAGACGGGACUAUGCCGACUGCUACAGAGAUGCUUACAUUGGCCUCUGUCUACCCAAACUCUUUAACCCUUUAGUCCGCCUACAGCUGAUUACAUGGAACCCUCUCGAGGCACAGUGUGCAAACUUCGAAUACAUGCUCUGGUUCGAGUCGCUGUUGUUUUACGGCUUUGAGGAGCACAGCACGUUGCAGAGUGGAGAUGGGGAUAUCAUUUUGCUGCCUGCUAUUGUGGAGAAGGUCAUCCUGUCCAAACUGACAGUGUUGACAGAGCAAGUGUGGGACCCGCUGUCGAGCAGUCAAACAGCCAGGCUGGUGGGCUUCGUUCACAGACUAAUGAAAGGUUACCCCACUGUGCUGCAAGGGGACAACCGAUACACACAGGAGCUUUUGAAAACUAUUGUCUUAAGAACCAGGCGGACCCUGGAUGAAGAUGUCUUCCUUCCACUCUACCCCAAAAAUGUGUUGGAGAACAAGAAUAGCGGUCCGUACUUAUUCUACCAGAGGCAGUUUUGGUCCUGUGUGAAGCUGCUGGGCGACAUCCUGCAGUGGGACGGCAUCUUGUCCAGUUCCUGUCUGAAGGACCUGGCUUUGGACAGCACUCUGAACAGAUAUAUCCUCUCUGCGCUUCAGACCACAGAUACAGCGGAGGACAAUGUUCAGAAGUGCCAGAAGGUGGUGGAGUGUUUGCCAGUGCAGUGGUUCUCUGGGCUGAAGGGCCAGCAGACGUUGCCUCAGUUGGAGCCAUUCUGUCGCUACCUCACCCACCUGGCAAACUCAUUGCACCGCAGCAGUGUUGGCGGCUCGGAUGUGGAACGCCGCAGUGCAAAGGAUCAGGUGAAAGAACUCGUGAAGAUGUUGGGUCACAUGAAUGGCCUGGACCACAUCAUCACUUUGGCAGCGGAGCAUGGCAUUAAAGAUAUCAAACCACUUUUGGAAGCCAAGUCAUAGGAGACAUAACAGCAGCAGCCUUUCAUUUAACUUCUGUUGUAUUCAGCACGUGUAAAUGGAUUUGGAAUAAAACUCAACACUUUUUACCUUGACCUUGAAAACAGAAGGUAAAAAAACAAACAAAAAAAACCCUUGUUGUAAAUAUUGUGAAUAAUGUAUAGAAAGGUGUGCCCAUACACCUAGCAACACAUGACUCAUGCUGAAAUGAGGCCUUGUAUUGUCAGCUCAAAACAACUACUCAGUAAUGCUUUGAGCUGGCAAUAUUUUAAAUGCAUAAUUUAUUAGGAGUAAACAUUUGUUGACAUGGAUUACUGUUCUCCAUUGACACUAUACUCAACCCGACUAUCUGUAAAAACCGCUUAACUCACAUACUCUUUAACGUAUGUGCCAAAAAAAAAAAACCCAAAAAAUCCUGGUAGGUGGCCAAAAGGUAGAAAUUGCACACAAAGAGUUACAGUUGACUUGAUGGUCAUAUCUUUGAUCCCCACUUCAUCCCUACAGUACAGACUGCCCUCAUGACCACACCAGAGUCACAUUUGUAAGAAUUUUGUUUUAGUAUUGUUUG